AUGGGUUUUACCAGGCCAUCUUCGCUUAAGCCUGUCCUUUUCAGAACACGUGCGAGGUUUAACUUAAGGUUUCAUUUUCUCUGCGUUACAAAAGAUGAGGUAAUCGAGCCUCUCCAGUCGCGAGGAGAUCAAUGGAGGGAUAACUGUCGUGGUGUUAACCAUAGCUUCCCAGGUCACAUCCCUCACGAGAGGGGAGAUUGUUAUGUAAGAGAUCUUAUGUUUAUGAAUAUGUUAAACGGGGACAGAGACAAACGCGUUUACAUCGGCGUAAUAAAAAAGGAAUCGGGAACAGAACUGCUACCACGUAACCAUUAUGGCACAUUUUACGACACGGAAGCUUAUUUGGUGUACUCGUCCUCGCUUUCCGGUCAGCCGGCUGGGCCUGACGUCAUUCGUCGUGAAAUAAAAGAGAAUGGUAAUGGUGAAUUCGCUGAGCGGCACAUCCACGCGUGGGCUGGCGAACGCAGCGGCGCCCUGGCUGCGCUUGCGCUGCGACGCGGCACACAGCUAGCAGCGCAUCUCGCCGCACCCGUUGUUAUACACCGAGAGACCGCUACUAAGGAGACUCCAAGACUCCUGUCUUACUUCAGGGAUGGGAUUAGGCUCCUCCGCAGCAGUUCCGUGGCUGCAGGCGAGGCGCGGUUGUACCGCGUGCGCGGUCGGCGGCCGGUGCUAGUGCAGCUGGAGCCGGUGUCGUGGUCACAGCUGGCCGCCGACGGCGUGUUCCUGCUGGACGCAGCACCACUACUCGUGCUCUGGCUCGGACGCGCCGCUAACCUAGUCGAAAAGAUAUUCGGAGCAAAGUUCGCCUACCGUAUGGCACGAGGCGCCGAAAAGGGUAUAACAGCACGCCGCAUCGCCAUCGCUCACGAUGGCUACGAGCAGACCCUGCCGGCGUCGGACCGCGCGCUGCUAGACGCGCUGUUGGAGCUGCGCGCGCGCGUGGUCCGCCCCGUCACCCCCUCCGCCCCCGCGCCCCGCCCCGCGCGCCUCUACCGGGUCACCACCCCGCCCCGCACCGCUCCCCUCACGCUACCAUCACAACGACCUCCGGCCAGACUCGAAGAAGUCAGGAGAGCUCCGCUGCACCGGGAGGACAUGGCUGAUGACGGCGUGUACGUGCUAGACGGCGGUGUCCGCGGGGUGUGGGCGUGGGUGGGUCCGUCGGCGGGCGGGUGCGCGGCGCGGUCCGCGCUGGCGGCGGCGCGCGGGCUGUGUCGCGCGCGGCGGUACUCGACCGCGGUGUCGCUAGUGCCGGCGGGCCGCGAGCCGCUCGAGUUCGCCGCGCUCUUCCACGGCUGGCGGUGGGCGGACGCCCGCAGAGACUCACGGCUGAGAGCCGCGCGAUCCGCCACCACUAAACUCGACGCAGUCAGCUUGACGACUAACUCUUGGCUCGCCGCUGAGGCGCAACUUCCCGAUGACGGUUCAGGAGCUCUACGAAUGUGGCGCGUUCAUCGCUGCGGGGAAGCAGAAGUAAAACUGAUGGAGGUGGAACGGCCCCAGGCGGCCGUGUUCUACUCACAGGACUGUUUCCUUGCUCUCUAUACGUACCACGCGCCCACUGGCGAACAUUCCAUACUCUACUACUGGAUGGGUGGCUCUUCGCCAAAUGAUUUGAGGAAUUUGGGUGCAAUAGAAGCCAAAGACCUCUACAUAAAGCUAGGGCGUCUUCCUAUCCAGGCGUGGAUAUACCAAGGCAAAGAACCGGCACACUUUCUUCAAAUAUUCAAAGGCCGCAUGAUUACCUACUUGGGUAGCGCUACAGAUUAUGAUCCGAGCGGACGACGAGUGGUCGCACCUAGUCGUGCAUUGAUACGCGUGUCGGGGCAGUACGCGCGUGAGGCGCGCGGGGUGGAGGUGCGGGGCGGGGCCGUGGAGGGGGAGGGGGAGGGGGAGGGUAGGGGCAGCUGCUACGUGGUGAGGGAGGGGGCGCGCGUGUGGGUGUGGUGCGCCGCCACCGCCACCGGGGACGAGCGGGAGGUCGCCAAGAACAUGGCCGCCGCCGAGCACACGCUCCUCAUGGAAGGUCAGCGGGCUACGUGCCCUACACCAGGAGUCGACCACCAUUCCGAUUCCUGCUGUAGUGCACGAACCCAAAGACUGUAA